UUUCGCUGAACUCGUUCGUUUCGGAACGGAAAGUGAUCAGCAUCUCUGGGGAGUUUAUAUAGAAGAAAUAGUUAAAAUCUUGAUUAACAUGGAUCCAAUUUUGGGUCGUCCUCAAUUUCUCAGUGAAACUGUGAAUUUAUUUACUGAUGAAAAGACUGCAGCAGCCAGAGCUCGAAUAGUAGAAUGGGUCAAUGAAUUAUCCAUAGCUGAACCACAAACAAAAUGCGAUUUAUUGGUGAAAAUCCAAGAAACCAUUAUCGGUUCCUGCGUAGAACUGCUGGAGGAGUUCCUGGAGACAAUUCUGUCUUUGGUCCAUGACACCAACAUGGAGGUGCGCAAACAAGUGGUGGCUUUUAUGGAGCAAAUAUGCAAAGUAAAAGUGGAGUACUUACCACAAAUUAUCAAACACAUAUCUUCGCUGCUGCGCGACCGAUCACCACAGGUUAUAAAACGUGUCAUCCAGGCCUGUGGCAAUAUCUACAAACAUGGCUUACAGUGGAUUUGCAGCCAGCAAGAUUUAAGUGACAGUGCUGAGGAGGCUUGGAACGUUAUGAGCCUGAUUAAAGCACAAAUCUUGGAUUUGAUUGACAAUGAAAACGAUGGCAUACGCACAAAUGCUAUAAAAUUCCUCGAAGGAGUUGUUGUCCUGCAGAGUUAUCCCGACGAGGACAGUCAAAAGAAAGAGAAUGAUUUUUCAUUGGAAAAUGUAGAUGAUAAUUUGAGACUAAUUAAAAAACAGAAGCUAGAAGAGGAAGCUUUACGUAUUUUCGACAUCCUCUUGAGAUUCCAUGGUGCCAGAUAUAUUUCGUCGGUGAAUCUGAUUACCUGUACUAGUAGUUUGUGUACCAUAGCCAAGAUGAGGCCUAGUCUUAUGGGCCCCGUGGUGGAGGCAUUUAAAAAUUUAAAUAAUAGUUUGCCACCAACCCUGUCGGACUCACAAGUGAGUUCGGUUAGAAAAAGUUUAAAAAUGCAGCUGACAACUUUGCUGAAGAAUAAAGGUUCCUAUGAAUAUCAAACGGCUAUUAGACAUAUGCUUAUGGAUUUGGGUGCCUCACAGGGUGAGAUACAAAGGGCAAUACCGAAAAUGGAUAAAAUCGAACAGCAGCGUAGACAAAAGCGGAUUUUAGAAAAUGCCAAUAGUGGGGCUAAGAAGCGGCGUUUAGGUCCCUCUGGAGAUGAUGAUAUGGAUGAAAAUGAGGGCUCUAGGCAAAAGCAGGAAAUGGUAAUCGACGAAGAAGAAUUGGAAAAGCAAAAACAAAAGUCGACCAAAGUAAAUGAGAAAUUUAUUGCGGAGCAUAUACGAUCCGCAAAGGUGGUAGUCGACUUGGUUGUGGAAUGUUUGCCCAAAUUGCCUGAGACGGUGCCAGAACAUUUUCUCAGGGAAUUUGAACCCAUAAAAGAUCUUACAAUACCACACCAGGUGUCGAGAAUAUCCAAUUUAUUGGGCCAACAAAUGACGGAUAGGAAAAUUGGUCCCGGUUCGGCGGCAUUUAGCAAGGAACUUCCGAUGAAGGCGAAAGCUGUGCAGCCAGCUGCGCCCACUGAAAGCGCAAUGGAUGUAGAUGCAUCGGCUGCCAUCGAUGAAGAGCAAUUGCGUAAAGAAGAGGCCACCAAAAAGCUGAGAGAGAAUAUGGAACGUGUCAAGGGCGAGCAGGAGCUCAUAGAGCGAAUGAAACAAAAGGCCAAGGCUUUAAAGUUACAAGAAAUCACCAAGACAUUUUCACGGCAAAUGAAAGAGAAAUUCCUCAUUGAUGCGGUGCAACGUAUUUUGAAUGCGGAACGCCAGUGUAUUGUUGGAGGAGUUUCGGCCAAGCGAAGGAAGUUAUUGACAGUCAUGGCUGCCACGUUCCCUGACAAUGUACGCUAUCACAUUUUCGAUUUUAUUAUGCUGGAUAUCAAGCAGAGAAUUGAUUUGGCUUUUUCAUGGUUGUAUGAAGAGUACUGCCUGUUGCAGGGUUUUACCCGACACUCGUAUGUCAAAUCUGAAAAUCGACCUGACCAUGCCUACAAUGAGCUGUUGAUGAAGUUGGUCCAGGGCAUUAUUGCCAAAUGUGAAUUUCGCGAUAAGGUGCUGCUUAUGCGUCGUGUCUACUUGGAAGCUCCCAUAAUAACAGAUGAGGUUUUGAAACCUUUUCUAAGCUUAAUCUUGUUGGAAGAUUAUACUCCACAUGGCUUGGAGUUGUUAAAGGAUUUAUGUAUCUUGAGACCACCCAGAAGGGCUAAAUGUCUGAGACAUUUGCUUAAUUUUAGUGUACACGAACGUAGCGACUUACGAGACAAGGCCAUGGAACAUGUUUUGUCCCUGUACCAUAGUCAAAAGUUGCUGCCACCACGGAUUAAUGAAUUUGCCUUGGAGUGGUGCACUUUUUUGGAAAAGGAAAUACCACCAGCUGCCAUUUUUGGAGAAGAAUUCGGCCGUCCCGAGGUGGAGACAGCCUGGCGUGAAGAAACUGCCAAAAUAUGUUUAACCGUCAUGUUGGCCCUUGUGCCCCAUAAACCGGAAUUGUUUUUGGAGAAAAUGACUCAAAUUUAUGCCAACACCUCGGCCGACUUGAAAAGAACAAUCUUGCGUUCCAUUGAUCCGGCCAUCAAGAGUUUGGGUGCGGAAAAUCCCAUACUUCUGAAACUUAUUGAAGAUUGUCCCAAAGGUUGUGAAACUUUGAUAAUUCGCAUUAUUUACAUUCUCACCGAAAGACAGCCAACACCCCAUCCAGAGCUGGUAUUCAGAGUGCGGGAGCUCUACACCCACAAGAUAAAGGAUGUACGUGUUCUAAUACCUAUUCUAAGUGGUCUCAAUCGAACGGAAAUACUGGCAGCAUUACCGAAGCUAAUAAAACUCAAUCAGGUGGUGGUGAAGGAGGUUUUCAAUCGUCUUUUGGGUAUUGGCCCGGAAUUUGCCAGCCAGACUAUAGCCACAACGCCGGCUGAUAUUUUGGUGGCUCUGCACAACAUUGAUGUGAAUGAAUGUGAUUUGAAAUUUAUUGUCAAAGCCACAUCGAUGUGUUUGGCCGAAAAGGAGGUAUUCACUCAAGAUGUUUUGAUUGGAGUGCUCCAGCAGCUGGUCGAAGUUGUUCCCAUUCCAACACUGCUAAUGCGUACGAUAAUUCAGAGUUUAACCCUGUAUCCUCGUUUGGGUAAUAGUUUUGUAAUAAAUCUCCUGCAAAGACUUAUUCUCAAGCAAGUUUGGCGCCACAAGGUUAUCUGGGAGGGUUUUCUCAAGUGUAUACAACGCCUGAAGCCUACCUCGUUAUCGGUGCUACUGCAAUUGCCGCCUCAGCAACUGCAUUUAGCUUUGGAACAGUGUCCUGAUUUGAGACAACCCCUCUUGGAAUAUGCCCAAAGUAUCCAGGAUGAACCAAUGUCGGGAGUAACACCACAAAUUAUGGAUAUAAUAACGGGUAAUGCGGUGGAUGUCUUCAUUACGGAUGACAGCGGCGGUUUUAUAUCUGUGGAAAAUAUCAAAAAGGAAGUCGAAGAGCCAAUGGAAAUAUCCACCAUAUCCACGGUAUCUAGCGUGCCGGUUAUAAGCACAGUGGUAACUGCCGCAGCCCAGCCUCCCACGGCUUUGUUGCCAGAUGUCAAUCAGCCCCUGCCUCCAGGAGAGGAUUAAGUCAAGAAUUAUUUUAAGGAAUACCAAUGAAAAACUCCCUCAGCUGUUAGAAAAAUAAAGGAAUACAACGUUUAUGUUACAAGGAUAAAAGUAUAUUAGAUUUAUCCUUUUACAGGCCUGCUACGGAUUCGAGGAUUUAUAUAUGUCUAGAAUAAUAAUCAGGACUUCUAUAAAUUGAAGA